AUGUUGAGAAGAGCUAAUAGAAUAGUUAUUAGAAAUUUCACUAAAUCUUCAAUAAAUUUUGAUGCUACAGUUAUAUCAGGUUUGAAGUUAGCUAAGACUAUCAGAAGUGAUAUAGCUAAUAAGGUUUUGGAUUUCAAUAACCAAAAAUUCAAUACUAAUCUUAAACUUAAUGAUGAAGUAUUUGAAAAAAUUCAAUUCAAACCAAAUUUAACAAUUAUUCAAGUUGGUGGUAGAUUAGAUUCUUCAGCUUAUGUUAAAUCCAAACUAAAAGCUGCUAGAUCAUCUAACAUUAACUCAAGAUUAUUAAAAUUUGAUGAAAAUAUCACUCAAGAUGAUUUAUUACAAGAAAUUGAAAAUUUAAACAAUGAUCCAAGAGUUAAUGGAUUAUUGAUCCAAUUACCAUUACCUAAACAUAUUGAUGAAACUUUAAUAACCAACACUGUAGCCAAAGAAAAAGAUGUUGAUGGGUUCAGUAGAUUUAAUGUUGGUGAAUUAAGUAAAAGAGGUGGUAAACCAAUUUUCAAACCAUGUACUCCUAAUGGAGUAAUUGAAUUAAUCAAAACUACUGGUAUUGAUAUGAAAGGUAAAAAUGCUGUUGUUCUUGGUAGGUCAGAUAUUGUUGGUAAUCCAGUAGCUUCAAUGUUAAAAGAUAAUGAUUGUACUGUUACUAUUUGUCAUAGAUAUACUAAAGAUUUACCUGCAGUGUUAAAAACUGCUGAUAUUGUUGUUGCAGCAGUUGGAAUUCCUGAAUUUGUUAAAGGUGAAUGGUUAAAACCUGACGCGGUAGUUAUCGAUGUUGGUAUUAAUUAUAAAGAAGAUCCAUCAGCUAAAAAUGGUAGAAAAUUAGUUGGUGAUGUUGAAUUUGAAAGUGCUUCCAAAGUGGCUAAAUUCUUAACUCCUGUACCAGGUGGUGUUGGUCCAAUGACUGUUGCCAUGUUAUGUUCAAAUGUCUAUGAUGCAGCUAUGUUACAAUUAGAAAAUCAACAUAAACAUUCAUUUAAACCAUUAGAAUUAGAUUUAAAAGAUCCUGUUCCUUCAGAUAUUGCUAUUUCAAGAGCUCAACAACCUAAAAAAAUCGGUACUAUUGCUAAAGAAUUAGGUUUAAUGGAAAAAGAAUUAGAACCUUAUGGUCAUUAUAAAGCCAAAGUUGAUCCAAAAUUAGUUAUUGAUCGUUUAGAUGAAUUUGCUGAAGGUUCAAUUCAAGAAAAAGGUCAUUAUGUUUUAGUUGCUGGUAUUACUCCAACUCCUUUAGGUGAAGGUAAAAGUACCACAACUAUGGGUUUAACUCAAGCUUUAGGAGCUCAUUUAAAUUAUAAUUCAAUUGCUAAUGUUAGACAACCAAGUAUGGGUCCAACUUUUGGUGUUAAAGGAGGUGCUGCAGGUGGUGGUUACUCUCAAGUCAUUCCAAUGGAUGAAUUCAAUAUGCAUUUAACUGGUGAUAUUCAUGCUAUUUCCGCUGCUCAAAAUUUAUUAUGUGCAGCUGUUGAUACUAGAAUGUUCCAUGAAUAUACCUCCAAAACUAUCAAAGGUUUCUAUAAAAGAUUAGUACCAGUUAAAAAAGGUGUUAGAACUUUCCCUGCAUCAAUAUUACAAAGAUUGAAGAAAUUAGGUAUUGAUAAAACUAAUCCUGAUGAUUUAACUGAUGAAGAAAUAACUAAAUUUGCUAAAUUAGACAUUGAUCCUGAAACUAUUACUAUUAAAAGAGUUGUUGAUUGUAAUGAUAGAUUCGUUAGAGAAAUCAUCAUUGGUGAAGGUAAAAAUGAAUCUUCAAAAUUCCCUCCACGUAAAUCAGGUAUGGAUAUUACUGUUGCAUCAGAAUUAAUGGCUAUCUUAGCUUUAUCAACUUCAUUAAAAGAUAUGAGAUCAAGAAUUGGUAGAAUUGUUGUUGGAUCACAAAAGGAAACUGGUAUCCCAAUCACUUGUGAAGAUAUUGGAUGUGCUGGUGCUUUAACUGCUUUAUUAAAAGAUGCUAUUAAACCAAAUUUAAUGCAAACUUUAGAAGGUACUCCAGUUUUCGUUCAUGCUGGUCCUUUUGCUAAUAUUUCCAUUGGAGCUUCAUCAGUUAUUGCCGACAGAUUAGCUUUGAAAUUAACAUCUCCUUCAAAUCCUAUCAACAAUCAUGAAAAAGGUUUCGUUGUAACUGAAGCCGGUUUUGAUUUCACUAUGGGGGGUGAAAGAUUCUUCAACAUUAAAUGUAGAGCUUCAGGUUUCAAACCUGAUACUGUGGUAUUAGUUGCUACUUCAAGAGCUCUUAAAUUACAUGGUGGAGCUCCUGAUGUUAAACCUGGUCAAUCAUUACCAAAAGAAUAUACCACUGAAAAUUUGGAAUUCUUACAAAAAGGUUGUGCUAACUUAGCUAAACAAAUCUCCAACAUCAAACAAUAUAAUGUUCCAGUAGUUGUUGCUAUUAAUCAAUUUGAAACUGAUACUAUCAAAGAAUUAGAAUUAAUCCAAGCCGAAGCUUUAAAAGCAGGAGCUGAUUUUGCUGUUCCAACUAAUCAUUGGGCUGAAGGUGGUAAAGGAGCUUUAGAAUUAGCUAAAUCUGUUGUUAAAGCUGUUGAAUUACCAAAAUCUGAAGGUCAAGAUUUCCUUUAUGAUGUUAACAGUUCAGUUGAAGAUAAAUUGAAAACCAUUGCUACCAAAAUGUAUGGAGCUGCUGAUAUUGAGUUAUCCCCACUUGCAAGAAAACAAGUUGAUAUGUAUACAGCUCAAGGUUAUGAUAAAUUACCUAUUUGUAUUGCUAAGACUCAAUACUCCUUAUCACAUGAUCCUUCAUUAAAGGGAGUACCAAGUGGUUUUACCAUUCCAAUUAGAGAAGUUAGAUGUUCAGCCGGUGCUGGUUAUUUAUAUGCCUUAGCUGCUGAAAUCAUGACCAUUCCAGGUUUACCAACUCAUGCUGGAUUUAUGAAUGUUGAAGUAAAUGAUGAUGGUGAAAUUGAAGGUUUAUUUUAA